GUACCUCCGCUUCGGAUCAGGUGUGGGAGAUCAUGUACUGCCUGGGGCCGCAGCACCCGCACCAACACCCUGUCAACUGCAAUCUGGGCGGCGGGCACCACACGCCCAAAUCCAGCGACAGCAGCGACCGCGGCGACACUAGCAAGGACCGCUCACACACAGCCCAAAGCUGCACCAGUAGACAUGGUUGUUUUCAUGUGCCCGUCGGGGGCGCCAGCGGCAACACCCGGCGGCUGCACAGUCGACUUUCCCGCAUGGACCCCCUCCUCUUUCAGCUAGUUGAGUCCUGCUUGCGGAUUGACCCCGCACAGCGCCCUACGUGCUCCCAGCUACUGCAGAUGCCGUACUUCUCAGAUAUGCCGUACGUGGUGCGCGGCACCGCGCUAGAAGCCUUCCUCCCGUCGCCAUCAUCACAACCGCAACCGCCACAACCGCCGCAACCACUGCCGUCAACAACCGUCUCCUCGGCUUCUACUGCACCUGCCGUUGCUGUUGCCGAUCGCCAAGCACAAAGCAGCGGUAUCAGUGUUAAUCGCGCCACCUCAGUAACACGACCCCAGGCUGAUGCUCUGCCUUCAGCAAGGGAAGCGGCCGCAGGGACGUCUUCACGGGAUGAUAUUCUGAGGGCCGAUAUCCGCAGCCAUGGCAGCGGUACCACUAGCAGCAGCAGGAGCGGCAGCAUUACCUACAUAGGCAGCAGCGUCGCCAGCAGCACCGCAACUGCAAGUAGCAGCAACCUCUUCGGAAGUCUCAGCAGGAGCAUCAGCUACACCAGCAUUUGCAACGGUGGAAGCGUCCAUCCGGGCACUAGUGUGCGUUACUUGGGCAGCAGCGGCGCGGGCGGCCACAGUCAAAGCCACUCGUAUUCGCACCCUAAGUCGAAGAACCUCAGCAAGGUAUCGGUGGUGGUCUUGCCGGCACUGGCGGCUGCCGCCGAGGCCGAGGCAGCAGCAGUAGCAGCGGCAGCAGCGGCACUGCCGCCGGCACCCCCGACCCCGGUGGCCGACACAUCCAGGGGUCGCAAUGUCGGCGGCGGCCCACCUUCAACGCGCUCCUCAGACACCGCCGCCGGGGUGGUGGUGGCCCCCCGGACUAUUGACUAUGAGUUACGGCGGGGUGUUCAGACGGCCACUGUCUCUUCUGUCACAGAAGCAGUGCGAGGCAAAGAGGUGCAUAUCACUGCCGGCUUAACGAGUGUUAUUAGGCUGUAA